AUGACUACCGAAGGGCUUCCAGGACUGUCAACUACUGAAGCUUUACGCACAUUAUAUAAUGAAAUAUUGUCGCUCAGAAAUCAUAUUAAAGAUCAACACAUACAACAGGGAAAAGACAGACUAUGGAUUCAAGAUGCAUUGAAACAUAAUAGUCCAUUCACUAGUAUCUGUUGGAUUACUGCUUUGAUCAUUUUUGCUUGUGGUUUUUCAUUGAUCAUCAUUAGUUUAGUGUAUGAUGAAAUGUGGUAUCUGUUUGAUGAUGGAAUAUUGAUAUUGAUAUUGUUAACUACCAAUCUUGCUACUGUAUUAUGGGAUAACAAAUUAAGACAUGAAGAAAUGUUCACCAAGCUCGAUCAUGUGAUGAAAAAACUAAAUUGCUAUAAAGACAAAUGCCAUUGGAAGAAAGAAAAUUAUCCACAUUUAUGUAUGCCAUUUUCUCCUUCAGUUACUUUACAAUGGACUCAACGUGAUGGUGUGCUAGUAAAUUUACCUUGGGCAUUAUUGGUAAAAGGUGAUAUAGUACUUUUGAAACCAGGACAAACUUCUCCGUGCCAUGUUUCCAGGCUUAGGGAAAAAGAUAAAUGGGCUCCAGCUGAAUUGACUAGAUGGGAAAUAUUUAAUCCAGAUAUUGCAUCUGCUACGAAAAACAAAACCGCUGUACCAACUAUGGUAUCUCGCAAUCCAUUAAAAAAUGUUGCAUAUGUUUUAAAUGAAACCCCAUAUUUAAAUAAUUUGAAACUUGCAUUAGAACUAUCACAAAAUAGACCAAGCAGCUUUUAUACAAAAUGCUUAUAUUUGUUACAAAUAAUAUUCAUGCAAAAGUUUGCUGCAGCCACCUUUUUGGGAAGUACCAUUUUAACUGUUUGGUGGCGUUGGUCUUAUGUUACACUUUGGUUGAAAUCUGGUACUUGGGUAUCAAUGUUUGUUGUAAUCCCAAUCUCUAUACUUAUUCCACUUCUACCAUUGAUGUUGCCAAUUGCAUGGACACUCAUGACAUGUUAUGGAAACGCAGUACUACAAUCAUCUUCCAUAGUUCAGAAAAAUAAAGACCUUUUUGAAGAAACUGAAACUGAAGCAAAAAACAACUCUUUAGAAUUUUCAUUUAGGUAUUUAUUGAAAAACUUUUACUCUUGUGUACUUGGAAAUGGUAGUUUCUUACAUAGAUCUACUAAUCUAUUGCAUGUUAUGGGAUCCGUUACGGCUUUAUGUUGUGUUGAUAAAAAAGGUAUACUAUCAUGGCCUAAUCCAACCGCUGAAAAAGUUUUUUUUUUACAAAAUCCUUCCAAAUCGUCAUCAAUCUCAAAUUAUGUAGAUACUCCUAACUGUAAUAGAGAAACACAAAGAAAAAGUUAUGAUAGUACUAUUCAGAAUCAAGAAAAUUAUACAGUAGAGGUACUUGAUCUAACUCAUGAUCGGGGUUCAGCAUGGAGAUUACAAUUUGAUGAUGCAACCUGGUCAAAUCAUAUUACUUCUUUGAAGCCUCUAGGUCUAGCGGUACUAUUAAAUACUUGCAACCCAUCAACUCAUGCUCAUUAUGCCCAAUUUUGUGCUCAUGUAUCUUGCCAAGCUUUGUAUAGUGAAGUGCUUGUUCCUGUUACCAACCGAAGAUGUCUUUGUGAAUUAGCUCGACAAAUAGGAUUUUCAGAAUCUGCUGAUGAUAUUUUUGAACUUCAAUUACAGUUAUCCACUUAUAGACAUGUGCAAGCUGAUGCUGUUCGAAGAGAUAUUAAAUUUGCCAGAUCAUUACCAAAUACUACCAAAUUAAAAUUUCCAUUUCCUCACAUGGUGUGUGUAGGAUUAAGAGAGAGGAGUAUUGGUAAAGCUGCAACAAGUUUACAAUUAUUCAGCCAAGGUACAGCUGACAUAAUAUUGGAUGCUUGCAUAGAUUUUUGGGAUGGUCACGAUCUCAGUCCUAUUUCUCCUUCUGUUAGGAAGAAAGUACUAGAUUUUUAUCAAAGAACUAGUUUAACAGCUUACUGUACAGCAUUUUCAUACCGCCCACUACCAUUACCUCCUGACAAAAGUUUCUCAGAAAUGUAUUUGGAGUUACCAGCUGAUUGUCGCCAAUUAUAUUCAAAAUUAUGUCGUAGCCCAACACCACAUCCGUGGACAUCGACAACUCAUAAAAUAAGGCAACCACAAUUUCAUUCUUCUGAUUCAUUACUAUUUGGUGAUUGCAGUGAAUAUAACUCUAAAGAUGUAAAUUGUUGUUUUGAAACACAAUGCAAUCAAAUAUUUUUAGGAAUGGUUACCAUGCAGUAUCAACCACAAUAUGAUAUGGUUCAACUGAUUGAGCUAUUGGAAACAGCUUGUAUACGAUUUGUUCACUUUAGUAAAGAAAAUGAACUUCGGUCUAGGGUUUUUUCUGAAAAAAUGGGCCUGGAAAGUGGAUGGAAUUGUCAUAUUUCUUUAUUAGGUGAUGCUCAAACAAGAACUCGUCUUGACCCUAGUGAGGGUGCAGCAACUUGUGAUGACGAAACUAGCUUUUUGAUACCACUAACAUCUACUAGUCAGUCGAAGAAAAAGCUUGCUGAUUAUGAACAUAAUUUAUCCGCUGAUUGUUUUCCUCCCCUCAAUAUAAAUUGUACGGCUCUCAAUAUGUCUCGUACAAUUAGUAUGUCAGCACCAACUGCUUUAAAUAUGGAUUAUGCCCAAGUAACAAUAGAACAUGAUGGAGAAAAAAUUAUAAAGCCAAUGCUCAUUCAAAAGGAUACCCUUUACAAUGAUAAUAGCAAUAUGGUUGAAAUAGAAAAAAAUGGAGAAGAAUGGCACUCACUUAGCUGCAUGUCUGAUAGUACUGACCAAAGUGCUCCUGUUAAUUUUGAUAUGUAUAAUCGAGCUAAACUGCCUCGUGGCAUUGAGAACAUUCGACCUCAUCUAGAAUGCAUAGACAAUGUUCCACUUUUAGUUUCAUUAUUCACUGAUUGUACUCCAGAAGCCACUAAAGAAAUGAUAUCCAUAAUGCAGCAGUAUGGAGAAGUUGUUUGUGUACUGGGAUCAUCUCCAAACGCUGAAAAUAUUGGUAUAUUUAUGCAGGCUGAUGCAAGUCUUGCUAUUGAACCGAUCUAUCCACAAGUGUGUCAGAGAAUUAGCAUCAUGCAACAACCAAGUCCAAUAGAUGCUCCAAUAUCUCCAGUGGGUCUUUCUGAGUUAUUGAAUUCUCUUCCUUGUUGCCUUUCACUUAAUCGUCAAGAUCCAUUACCAGUGUACCAUCUUAUUAUGGAAGGAAGAUAUUUAAUGCAAGGGAUAUGGAACUGUAUUCAAUUUUGGACUAGUUGCAUGGUUUCGCUUAGUUUUCUUCAACUACUUGCAAUUGCUCUUGUAUUACCUCCUAUUUUAUCAGUCGGUCAAAUAUUAUGGCUCACAUGUAUUGUUGUGCCUCUACUGUCAGUAUCAUUGGUAGGAGGUCCAACAGAUCCUGAAGUUAUGCAAAAACCAACUGGAAAAAAUCAAUGUUCUAUUACAUCUGAAUUAUCUUAUUACAUAAUGUGGUUUUAUGGCCUGAAAUUUUUACCGGUUGUAAUUAAUAUGGUGUUGCUGUUUAUAUGGUCACUGAGUCAAGCUUGUGAUUUGAUUUUAUCUACUACUAAUAAUAAUUCAACUAUUGAAAUUCAACAAUGUUGGUAUGUAUAUCCAGAUCCUAAAGAAACUGAAUGGGGAGGUUGGUCAAAAUUUGAGCCCACUAUUAUCAGUGUACAAAGAUUAAUGUUGCUUUUUCUUGUGAUGCAUUACGUUACCAUAUCUCUAAGUUUUGUUCAUCGGGAUUAUUUACUUUGGAAACGAACUAUACAUUUAAAUAAACCUUAUUUGUUCACUUCAUUGUUCAUUAUUCUAGUUCAAUGGGCAUACACAAUUCAUUAUGAAUACUUUGAUAGUAUUGAAAAUAAUAUUAGUAUUUCCAAACUAUCUGUACUGACUUUUAUUAUUGGGUUUGUAUCUUUGUUCCUGGUUUUCAUUGUUAACGAGAUGGUUCAUUGGCAAGAGAUAAGGUCGAAUGUGCGUUACCAAAAAAGAGCAAGAUUAGAUUUUGGAACUAAACUUGGUAUGAACUCUCCAUUCUAA